UGCAAAAAGUUGUAAAAAACUGUUUUCUCUCUUUUUCGAUUAUCGUUUUUCAGCUGUAAAACGACUUAAAGAUCAAUUUUACAGAUGGUAUUUAAUGAAUCUCGCCUUUCACUGUCUUCCUUGGUAGUUGCUAUUUUGGUCUGUUUCAUGACAGUUAUGACAGUGGCUAUUUUACAAGUUUCAAGAUGGUUAACUUUAAGACUUCUAAAACAGAUUCAAAAAGUAUUUCGAAGGGAUGAAGUGGUGAAGUUAGCGAAAGUGUUUGUACUUAGCAAUCCUAGUGAAUGUGAACAAGCUUUGAGAGCUUACAAGGAGAAAUAUCAAAGUUAUCCCUUUUCAAUGAACUUUCUUGGUCUAGAUUGUGAAUGGGUCAAUGACAAAGGAAUUGUUACACAUCCUGUGGCUCUACUCCAAAUAGCAACCCCUUUGAAUGACUGUUUUUUAAUAAGACUAUGCAAGUUUGAAGGUAUUUUACCCAGAAUAUUAAAAGAAAUUCUUGAAGAUAGAAACAUAUUGAAAUUUGGAGUUGGCAUCCAAGACGAUGCCAAAAAGUUGAAUGGGAUGUAUGGAAUAAAUGUCAGUGGAUUUGUGGAUUUACGACAUGUUGUACUGCGCUGUCAAUCACACAAGGAUAACAUUGUUGAAAAUAAACAGGGUGACGGAUCUACCAAAAUGGGUCUUGCUGCUAUCAGUAAAAGAUACUUAGGAGUAGAAAUGGAGAAAUCUUGGAGAGUCCGCUGCAGUAACUGGGAAGCAGAACACCUUUCUGAGAAGCAAAUUGAAUAUGCAGCGCAUGAUGCUAUUGUUGCCAUUCAUUUAUUCCUUACAUUUGUAAAAAACAAAUCAAACAAAAGAAGUUUUAGUAAUUUUUUAGAAAAUUAUAGCCCAAAUAUUGCAGAAUCUGACAAUACUUUUCACCAUAAUGAAACAGAUAGUGGUUUAGAGUAUGAAAUGCCAGAUACACAAUUUACAAUAUCAUUGAACAAGUAUGAGACUGAUUCUUCCAAAGGCCAUAUAAUUAAUGCCAAAGACUUGCUUUCUGAUCAACUUUUCUUCCAAAGAGCCACCUCAUUAUGUAAAGGAAUCAUAGACUUGCCCUUUAAAUCUAAAUUACUCAAAGCUCCAUCCAAUAGCAUUAAAAAGGAGACAGCUUCAAAGACAAACAGCAUCAAGAAGCCUUUUAAACGGGGCACCACUUUGAGAAAGAGCCCUCUUUAUACAAAGUGUCAGUUAAUUGCCCCUGAUGGUGCUAUGUUGUGCGCAUUUGAUCAGAAGAAAGCUCAGUGGUAUCUGGACAAAGGAAUAGGUGAGCUGGUUUGUGAAGAUCCUUUUACGGUCAAGCUGAAAUUUGAACCUUCUGCUCGUCCUGAUGAUGGCGACUCAUACUAUUUAACAUUUAAACAAAAUGUCUGCGUUGUUUGUGGAGGUGAAGAAAACUACUCGCGUAAAAAUAUAGUUCCGCACGAGUAUAGAAAGUACUUUCCUGACUGCAUGAAAGACCACCACUCACAUGACGUUGUCUUGAUGUGCCCUGAAUGUCAUAGACUUUCAUCCAUCUAUGAUGAGCAGUUAAGACAGAGGCUUGCUUCAGAGUACGAGGCUCCUGUUGGCAACAAAGAAUUUUCCAAGUUCAUUCAAGAUCCUGAGAAAAUGAAAGUCAAGUCAGCUGCAAAGGCUCUUCUUAAUUCACCAGACAAGAUACCUACAAAACGAAAAGAAGAACUUUCUCAGAUACUUCAUGACUAUUAUGAAGGUCAACAUCUAACAUCGGAGCUUCUCAAAGAAGCAUCAAACAUGGAAGUCCAAAAAGAAAAUCGUAACUUCAAAUGCCAUGGUGAAGUUGUCAUCCAAAAAGUCAAAGAACAGAAAAGACUUCUUGAGUUUGAAAAGAUGUGGAGAGUUCAUUUUAUGGAUACAAUGUGUCCUAAGUAUCUGCCUGAUUUUUGGUCUGUCAAUCACCGUUUGGAUAGAAUGAAAGUUGCUUUGGAUAAAAUAGACUUGCAGUAGAUUUAUCACUUCAUUUUAUUUCUUAUAAAAUAACAAUCGGAAUAGUAUUAUUAGACUGUUAUGAAUUAAAGCCUUCCUUUUAAUUUACAAUG